AUGGCCUUCCAGUCGUUUGCACUCAUUGGCAGAGGCACCAUUGGUGCCCCCAUCGUGCGUGCUCUUGCAUCGAAAAAUGUCACCGUCGUCGUCCUCUCCAGGCCCACGUCGACUUCAACAGCUCUCCGAAACCUUCCGCCAAAUGUGACGAUCGAGAAAGUCGAUUUCAUGGACUCCGUAGCAGUUUCAGAGGUCCUCAAGAAGCACAAAGCCGAAGUUGUGUUGUCAACUGUGCCCACUGAGGCAGUAGGUUCACAAAAACCACUUGCGGAGGCGGCGAAGGCGGCCGGAGCCCGGCUUUUUGUGCCAUCUGAGUUCGGGUUGCCUAGUGACGACCCGAACGCAAAAGGAGUUUGGGCACAUAAGAGAGACCUCAUAGCACACCUUGAGCAAAUCGGGCUUCCAUAUGUGCGGAUAUUCGUCGGCCUCUUCAUCGAGUUUCUACCAUGGGUGGUAAACUAUCCUGACACAAUUCAACUUGUUGGAGCUGGGGACGUGGCUGUCUCGGUAACAUCCACCCAGGACAUUGGCGGCUUCUUGGCCCACGUCUUGACAAAUCUCCCUAUUCCAGAGCUCGAAAACCGCACAUUCAGAUUGCAGGGCGAUCGUAUAAUGCUAAAAGACCUAGCCGAGAUCUUGGAAGCAAAGAUUGAGUAUGUUGACGAGAUCACGGGUGUUGACAGUGGCCACAAAACAUUGCUGCAAAAGGUUUUCGCGACCGGGUUUGCUAGUACGGGGUGGAAUUCGGAGACCAAGACGGAGAAGUCUGGGAGUGAAGCCGCUGGAAGUGGGAAUGUGUUUUGGCCUGGACAUACGUGGCUGACGGUCGAAGAGGUCUUGAGGAAGCGGAAAUAA